AUGGUCCCUCGAGCAGUCGACGCACACUCGCUCCCCCUACCACCACCACCUACUUCUCUCGUAACCUUGAACACGCGCAUCGACGGAACCCAUCAGUCGACGCCGAGCCCUUCCCCUUCUCCCCGAGGCGCCCCUAAGAUGGUCCAGACCAUCCGAACAGUACCCAGCUUCGAAGCCGCGAGCGACACCAGCUCCGACGCACACUCACACACUUCCGCAUUCUCCAGUUCCGUAAACAGCAACGCCAGCGCAGUCAGCAUGGCAUCGAAUCACCAAGAAAGGACGCCAGGCGUCAAAUUAAAACACGACUGGCCUCACGCCAGCAAUGACAACACCAUCAAAGUAGACUCGGCAAGGAGGGAAGAGACGCCGCCCGUGGACGAUGAAAAUGCUGCCCCCGUGCCCGAAGGGCAAGGCCCAGGCUGGGACUCAACCAUUGGCAAGGCGGGUCUGGGAAAGACGGGACGAGUCAUCAACAAGCUCGUCAGCGAUAAUGAAGCCCUCAAGCGUGACAUCCAGAUCGAACGAUUACGAGCCGAGGAGGCCAAACAGGCCGCCAAGCUGGUAGAGGACAAGAUGGAGCGCAUCAUCAGCGACUACGAGAGCCGCCUCCUCGAAGCGAGCGUCACCAAGACGCUCCUCAGCCGUAAAGAGCGCCAAGUCGAGACCCUCCACGCCAAUGUGGAACUAGAAAAGAAGCGCACGGCGGACGCCAAAGAAAAAGAGCUCUUGUGGCGCGACGAGAUGGAAAAGAUGCGCGCCAGCACGACGAAGCAGGUCGAGGACGCAAACACCCACGCCGCGCUGAUGGAGGGCCGGUACAACGCCAUCAGCUCCCACUGGAAGGACCAGGGCGACGAGGUGCAGCGCGCGCACCUGAAGCUGCGGUCCGAGAUCGCGGGCGUCGCCGAGGAGCGGCGGCGCGACGACGAAAAGAUUGCGGCGCUGCGGGACCUGUGCGACCAGCAGGACGGCAACAUCAAGGAGCUGAGGCGGCAAAAGGAGGAGAUCCAGAACAAGUUUGACGAGUACAAGGCGCAGCAGGAGUUUUUGCUCAAGGAUAUUAAGGCCAGCGUCGCCGGGCGGGAUGCCGAGCAGGAGAGGUUGCUCGAGGAGACGAGGUCGACGUUGGCAAAGCUGAAGUGGGCACUCAAUGUGAAAGAAAACGUCAAGGACCUGCUGCAAUGA